UGUCUCUCUACAAAUAAGGAACUACAUUUCCUACAGUCUGUGAGUAGCAAGGUGGAGCUUAGCUCAGGCUAUAAGCGCCGUGGCUGCAGGCUGGGUUGUGUGUGCUGAGUAGUGGGGACUGAAAGUGUUCCCAACCCCGGACUCCUGCCUCUCUGCUCAAUGCUUUCUCAAGCCUGCACUGACUUUGACACCAUGCACAGUCUCCAGAAGGACACUACCUUCACCAAGAUCUUUGUGGGCGGUUUGCCCUAUCACACUAACGACUCGUCCUUACGGAAAUAUUUCGAGGUGUUUGGGGACAUCGAGGAGGCGGUGGUCAUUACUGACCGGCAGACCGGGAAAUCCAGGGGCUACGGCUUUGUCACCAUGGCAGACAGGGUUGCAGCGGAUCGAGCAUGUAAAGAUCCCAACCCCAUCAUCGAUGGUAGAAAAGCCAAUGUCAACCUAGCCUACCUGGGGGCAAAACCAAGAGCCAUACAAACUGGAUUUGCUUUGGGCGUCCAACAGAUACACCCGGCUCUGAUCCAGCGUCCCCUCGGGCUCACCACACAGUACGUGUACCCACACGCGAUUGUACAGCCUGGAGUCAUCCUCCCACCCCAGCUGCAGUCGGUCACCUCGCCUUUCAUUGACUAUACAGCGUCUGCUACCUACGCACAGUAUGCUGCCUACGAUCAGUAUCCAUAUGCCGCUUCACCUGCUGCUGGCUACCUUGGAUUUGGCUAUUCCACUCUGCAGCAGCCUGUAAUGGGCGGGAGUCCCACCACCGCAGCCACAGCAGCGUUUGUUCAGUACCCCUCUCAACCUCUGCAACCUGACCGCAUGCAGUAGAGCCAAACUGAGGAAGGAGCGUUCAGUGAUAAAAGGACCUCGCUCCCAUUCACUUGCAGGGGGCUGUUAUUCUAAGGUGAAAAGACACAUAAGCGAUUCAUGGGAUGUUGCUGUCAGAUCUCUGGGUGACGAUGGAGAGCUGUUUGAAGUAUUAACGGGAGCAGAUAGAAGCACUGGGGGACUGGGCUUCUCCACGACUAGGAGAAAGUGAGGACUGCAGAUGCUGAAGAUCAGAGCUGAAAAUGUGUUGCUGGAAAAGCGCAGCAGGUCAGGCAGCAUCCAAGAUGCAUCUUUGAUGCUGCCUGACCUGCUGGGCUUCUCCACAACUAGUCAUCUCUAUCAGGUUACCUGCUUAGAAAGAAUUGCCUCCAAUCAGAAACUGAACAUUAAUCCCAAGCUAGAGUGGCAGACAGCUCUGUCUGUCAUUCUCCAUUACUGUCUGUCUCUGUGUUUCUCUCUCCAUCACACUAUCAGUCAUUUUUUUUGUCAGUCUCAACCCUCCUUUCUCGCUCUCUCUAUGCCUCUCUCUGUCCCUCGGUAAGUCUUGCUAUCAAUACCCUCUUCUGCCUCUUUCCCCCAGUUAUACAAUAUAUUCUCUCCCUAUUACCACCUCUCGGAAUGAAGAGUAAGAGACUGUUUAUUGUAAGGUACACACUGCAACAGAAAUGCUGCAGUGACAUAUAAGAACACACACACAAAAACGCUAUUUUUGUUGUAUAAAAACCUCUAUUAUUUAUCAAUGCCUUACGGAAGAAGAAAAAAAGAAUUUGUGACUACUUUUUAAUAUUUAUUGCGAUGAGCUGUGAGUUGCAACAGGGGAAAGAGAAAAGUUAGUUGUUCAGCUACCAAUGCAUAAAUUAUUAUAAGUAGAUUAAAAAUUAAUAGGUUGCUAAUUAAUUUUGAUAUGCAAACAGAGAACUUUGGAAGGUAAGCAAAAUUUCUGUAGUCAGAACACUGAUCUAUUUUCUUAAUUUUAUAAUUAAUCUUAAGAUCAUCUCAACUUGGGUAUAUAUUUUUUAAAAGAGAGCUUUUUGUUUAAAGAAAGCUAAUUGUAUAUGAACCAAGGGUAAUUUUUAUCAACUUAAUGAUGCAGUAUUCAUCUCCGCAUUCUAUCUGAUACCCUUUUAAUGUCCAGGAAUUUCCUCAUUGUUUUGAAAAAAACCUGCUACUGGAUGCCUGUUAGAUUUGGAUACCAAAUAUUUUAUACCCAGCUGAAAUGAAGGAGACAUUUUAGGGUACAAAUGCAAUUUUUAAAAUAAUGUUUUAAAAAGAAGCAAAAACAUUUUAGACACAAAAGGCUGCAAUUACAUUAAACAGCAUUCCUAUCAGACUGUAGCAGGUACUGAGAAACUUAUUUUCAAUGUUGUAUUAAAGGAACUUAAAUAUCACAUGAAAGUUUGCCUGUUCUGUGGUCUGUUUCCAGCUAACACUGCG